UAGUUUUUUAAGUGUAAAAAAGGGUCCUUGAAAUUUCACCUGCAUGAACUUAAAAUGUUAGCCUUUCCAAAACCACAACUGGAUGAGGUUUGGUGAUUGAAAUUUCAUUUUUUUUAAAUCCGGCAGUCAUUUUUCACAAUUUAUUAGUUUUUGAAUAAUCUGUAGAUAAAUAAUAAUUUCCCUGCAUUGACAGUGUGGAUAAAGGCAUACACAACUAUUGUUAUGAUCACUUAGUUGUAUGUUUUGCAUGAUUACUGAUAUGGUUAACAUUAUGAGUAAGAAUUAUAAAAUAAUCGCCAUUUCUGGACUUCCAUCUUCUCUUCCAGAGACACCACAGCCUGUGUUUCCUCAUGUUCUUUCAGCAUUUCCUCACACAUCUUGAGGAAAACAUCAUUAGAAGAGGACACAGGUCCUGAAUUAUUCUUUCUCCCCUCGAUGUUGCUCCUGAUUUUCAGCAUCUCAUUUAACUCUGAGUCUCUUUCACAUUGUUUCCAUCCAAACUCAGACCAAAACCUUUCUUCUUGAAAGACAAAAUAAUGAAAGAUCACUGCUAAUUACGCUCCUCUCCCUCGGUGUGUCCCAUUUUGCGCAAGUCAUUUUGAUUUGAGAGGUCUUUAGAGGGGAAAUUGAGGCCACUCCCAAAGUCAGAUUCAACCGUUUAUGUGACCGACCAAUGUCUUUCCAGACUACCCGUAAGUGCAAACCCAAGUUUGCCUCAUGCUGUAGUCCUUUCAAGGUAAAAAAAACAAAAACCCACCAAAAUGUACUUUGAAAACUAUAAAAAAUAGUCAAAAAAUGUUGGUUUCAGGCUAUAUCAAGAACAAUGAGGUUCAAGGUUAAGUGGCCUUGUCAGUUAAAAAAACAACACACAUACCACACGCCAUACAAUGUGGUACUGUAGGUUUGUGUGGUCGUCAUGGCAAUAGCACAGAUAUGGAUAGGAUUGGAUAGACUUUUUUUUAUCCCACAAUGGGGAAAUUAUGUGGUUGCAGUGCAUGAGUGAAACAUUGAAGAACACAUGGAGUACAUAAAAGAGUACCAAAGCCGAUGCAACCACCUGCCACUUCAGCCUCAUCAUUUUUACAUACAGCAACAAAAAUACAACACAAUGAAAAACUAAAAUUGUAGCAAGGAAUAAUAAACUAUAUACAUAUGUUUGCACAAUUCAUCGAUAAAUAAUACAACCAAACACCCUGUUAACACCCAUAUACACAAUUGACCUACAUUGCAUUGGGGUUUAGCACAUUUAGAGAACAAAAUGUUUCAGAUUUUAUAUGUGUGUGUUGCCCUCUGUGGUAACAUUUCAGACACACCUGACUAAGGAGAAACCAGCAAAGAUCCAUUUAUCUUGGUACGUAUCUUUUUCAUUCCUGUUGCACAGUUUUUGCCUUAUCAUGUUUGCUUUGUUUGUUAGGAAGAAUCACAAUCAAUCAAACCAAUCAAUUUAAUUGGGAAAAAAAAUUUAGUUGGUUUAGCAUGCAUGCGACAUCUUCCUGCCUCAAUUGAUAAACUGCCUUAAUGUGUGUAUGCGUGUGUGUUUGUGUAUACUGAGCUACCAGCGAGCUAAUAUGAACAGUGUGCUGUGUCUCAGUGAUCCGAGAGUGAGCAGGAAGUUGCAGCUCGUGGUGUUGUUCCACUCUGGUGUCAUCAAUGCUGCUUUCAUUCUUCUUUGCCGGGCCAAGAUGGAUGUCGUACAAAAGGAGCGCUGGUACUUCAUGGUACUUCUCCUUCUCACUUCUCUUAAAGGGGCGUGUCCAGGUGCUGUCCAGGACAAAGAGACGAUCACCAUCCACCUCCAGGAAGGGAUGCUACUCGACUGCUUGUGUCCGUGGGAUGCCAACCUCACUAUGGUGUCUUGGACCAAAGACCCAGACCCAAACUCCAUCGCUGUUUUCCACCCCGAGUACGGAGUAGCUACUACUUAUCAUUACCGGAACCGUAUCGAGUUCUUGAGGACCACGCCAAUGGACGGAAGUAUAACCAUGAGGAACGUCACCCACCAGGACAUCGGAGUUUAUCGCUGCUCUCUCCAGACGUUCCCACAAGGCCCCUGGAACCGAAUCAUCCAAGUGGAGGACUUAGAUGAACCGCCCGCAGACGAAGCUGAAGAAAACGCUGCGGUCGUGGAGGCCGAAUCUCACCUGACGGCGGCGCCUAACAACAACCUGACCAUUGAGUGCAGCCAUGGGCACAACGGCACCGUUCUGCAGUCGGUGGUGGAGCACAUGGCGUUGGGUCAUCCAUGGGUGAUCGUCGGCAUAUGCAAGCGCGUGGAGGGCGGCACGCUGAGCGAAGACUACAGCGAGCGCGGUCACGUCAGCUGCGAGGACAGCCUGGACAUCAGUCUGCACCUGACGGCCGUGGCGCAAGAAGACGACGGCUUCUACCGCUGUAGCUUCAGCACGGACGCUGGCCUGAAGACCAGCACGGUCAUGGUCACAGUGCCCGCUACUGGUGGCUUCAGCCUGUCCGUGUACAUGAUGUUUGUUUACUUGGGGACAGCGACUGCUGGACUCAUCCUGCUGACGAUCCUGAUCAUCAUCAUCCUGCUGAGGCGCAGGAAGAAGAGCAGGACAGAGGAGGUGAGGGAUAAGCUCCACCCAUCUCACACACAAGUGCGUGUGUCUCCAGAGAGAUGGCGGCGCUGGUGGGCGAGAGAGCUGACAUGCACACAAGUCUAUUGAGACCACAUGCAAGUCAAGCGCAGUGAUGAACUGGGCAGCCAUCUUUGCAAUUCUUCACCCUCCCUCUCUCGUGUGUGAGCAACAAUACUUUUAUUAAGGAAAACUUUCUGGGAGUUUAACUUUUAACUGAAAUAAAAGUGACACAUGACAACA